GACACGGCAGCAGUGCCACGUCAGCAACCAGUCACCGCAGCAGCAGGUCACGUCAGUGCAUGGUGCUCACCCGCUCAAAGACAAGCGACAUGGAUCAGCAGCCAGGUGAGACUACCGAGGCCUAUGAGGCCCGCAUGCUGGACAUGGUAGCAGAGUUCAAGCAACGGGCAGCUGUGGCAACAUCCGCACGUAAGAAGGAAGAUGAGGACGCAGAGGAACAGCGUCGCCUUGCUGAACAGCAGCGACAGAAGGACUCUGAGGCAGCAAGGAAGGUCACAGACGAAUGCCGUCGACUACGCCGAGACAAAAUCCUCGAAUGCGAGGGGGACAUCGAGGUGAUCGUCGGCGAAUGGGCAGUGGUUGCUGAAGAGGAGGGUUCCCCCUCCGCUGUGCGUGGUCUUGCAACCACAAUCGAACAUGUGAGCGACUUGGUCGCCACCUGUGCAGCACAGCAAGAGGACAUCCUCUGCAUGGACACCCUGGUCCAGAAGCAGAUUCGAAUUAUCGAUGAACUGCUUGACCGGGUACGCCGGCUGGAACAUCAGCCUACAACAGCCACCCCCGCCGGACCCUCCAACUUGAUGGACCGCGUUAACGUCUUGGAAAUCGACGUCGAGACUCUCAAGGACGGCGCUCUAGCGACAAAUCAGCGGAUUGACCAGCAGAUUUGUGCCGCCGCAGCCAGUCCGACCGCGACUACUCGCGAGAGCAUCCCAAACGCUUUGCUGGAUAGCGACACGACUCACAAUUUCAUCAGCCAGUCCUUUAUCCAAAGGGCCGGCCUUGGCGCACAAGUUCGAAGGAAGCCAAACCCGAUGGCGAUCAAGUUGGCGGACGGUCGGACGCAACAACUCCUCGAUCGCUACAUUCAAGUUGUGUCGGUUUAUUUCGCACCUCAUGCAUGCGAACCGGUGACGUUUGACGUCUUAGACACGGACUUCGACAUUAUUUUGGGGAUGCCUUGGCUUUCAAGUGCGGAUCACAUGGUUAACUUCCAUCAGUGGACACUUACCGUUCGCGACGCCUUCGGCGCCGAGGUAUCGUGUAGGACGUGUACCAUUCCUCUUCCGCACUCCUCGAUCCGGUGCCAAGUUGUAACAGCCAAGUCUUUUCGGGCAACUUGCGCUUACGAGCGGACCGACGAGAUAGACCUAUGUUCUCUACGAGCCGCCGCGGCGACCGAAUCUUCACCGACGGACUUGUCUUCGGACCCCCGAGUGGUGCGGCUGCUCGACGAGUUCACCGACAUCUUCGAGUCUCCUAUUGGUGUGGUGCCGGAUCGGUCGAUCUCCCACGAGAUCAUUCUUGAGGCUGGUGUCAUGCCACCGAAAGGAUGCAUCUAUCGCAUGAGCGAGGAAGAGCUCGCGGUUCUCCACACUCAACUCAAUGAUCUGUUGGACAAGGGCUGAAUCCGCCCUAGUAGCUCACCAUACGGUGCGCCAAUUCUCUU